AUGUUCUCAGUCCACCACGAACAUGCCUCGUCAAACUUGACUGCCGUCACCUUCUUGGGAUAUUUUUUGGACUAUUAUCAUCAGAACUGUAUGGGAGUUAUCAUUCCUCAGACAAUUGCCAUCCCGCGUAUGGAGUCGGUCUGGGCCUGGCGGGAAGAAAUCCAUGAAAGGGACAAAUCUCGAGCCCAAUAUCUGGACACCCUAAAAAACUUGCGGAGAAAAGCGGACGUGGAACGAGAUAACGACAACUUGCGCAAAGAGAAUGAAAGAUUGAGGGAAGACUUGAAAGAAGCGAGAGCCAGGGCUUUGAAAGCUAGCGAUGAAGCGACCGACUUGUGGGGUCAAAAGGAGACUGUCGAAGACGAUAACCGUGAUUUGAAGAGACUGGUUGCCAGGUUGCGACACCGUCUGGAGGAAUUAACACGUUCUGGAAUUGUGACCCAGGUAAAGGUGGAAAAGUCCUCCAAGCCACCAAGGAUACCGACCCCUUCACCAUCUUUGAUAUCUCAGUCAACGGCACCGGAAGUUAUCAAUUUAAUUGACGAUGAUGAUGACAUGGUGGUCGAUACCCAUCUUUCUAGCCAAUCUAUUGGAACAGCCUCAUCGCCAGUGGCCGUCAAGUCUGAACCUUCAGCGGAUGUUGUAUGUGACGGUUAUUCACGGGCUCACGUCCUACCUCUGAUGCUUUCAUUUGCAGGCAGCCGACAGCUCUAUCAACACCUGCACGCACCCAACUUCCCCCCCCCCGCAAAAAAUUUAAACGACCAGCCCGCAAACGCAAAUCCCAUGGAGUCGAUAAGUCGCCAAGCAACGAGAAAUUCGAGUUUAACCACUGUGUUACAUGGCGAAGCUAAUUCUUCGAACGCGAACGCGAGAUACGACGACCAAACGUGUGGCUGUGAAUUCGAAUUCGGGUAUUGCCGGAUUUAUCCGCCGCCCGGCAAGAAUACGGCAGCUUUGAACAUUACCGCCACCCUUCAUUGA